CUCCCGCACGGGGAUACGGUUUUCACUAUGUCAAGUAUCGAAGCAGCGCGAUGGCUCCUCAAGCCCACGGUCGCCAAGCCGUUCGCGCGCAAGAUGGGGAUGGCGGCGCAGGUGGUCGAACGCACGUACAGGCUGGUCGCCGAGCAUGUCCCAGUCUCGUUCGACCCGCGCGACACGGCAUCCCUGCGAGCGGUCGAGGUCGCCCACAAGCUCAAGACGGGGACGCUGGGCCGUGCGAAGUGGAUCAAGCCCAUGGAGCGGCGCUUCCCGGGACAAAGAACGGCACACCUUAUGCUCACGGUAACAGGCAUCGAGCAAGCGAACAUCGCGCUG